ACCAUAACGCAGUUCUUCUUAUCUUCUAUCAACACAUUAAGCCUCGCCAAAGACAUUAAACUUGCAACUUUGCAACACAAUAUUUUUCUUUUUCUUCAUCAAUCUACAAACACAGUUCUUUAGUUUAUACCAUGGAAAAGUGGUCUUUGCUUAGCCGCCUAAGGAAGGCUGUGAAGAAGGUGAAAUUCUUGCUAAGUUUCAAUAUAAAUCGAUUGCGUAUCGCUUCCAUGAUAGGUGCUUCUCCGAGCAGCCGGAGGCUGAGCUUCACGGAUAGGCCAGGGUUGAGGGCAUGUGCAGACGAUUAUGAUUCUGAUGAUUCGGAUUCUUCUUCCAUGAGACUGGCUCGGACAACAAGUUAUCAAUCAGAGGACGAUGUUGAUAAGAGAGCUGAGAUGUUCAUAGCUAAUUUUCAUAGACAACUUCAGAUUGAAAGGCAGGUAUCUUUGCAGCUCAAAUACCUUCAAGGGAACAGCUUUGACUACAACUCUCCUUGAUUAAUUCAUUGUUUUAUUGGUUCACUAUUAUUUAUUGGAAAAGAAAACAAGAUUUGAAGCUUCUUGGGACAGAUUUCGAUAAUUGGUAAUUAAAUUCAGUGUGAAUAGUUUGUAAUAUCAAUGCUCAGAGUUUGCUAAUGGAUGGAAGCCUGUACGUUUUAUUCUAGGUUGUCCAUUAUUUCAAAUUGUAAUACCUUUUUUAAUUUCUUCAUAAAAACUUUGAUUGCUUUAUAAGAGAUUGUAAUGAAAAGUAAUCUUCGAAAAUGUUCUGUUGUAAUUAACGAAUGCAUUAAGAAAAAAAAAAAGUGUAAAGUUUGGAAACUUUCUACAUAUUGGCUUUAUCUUAGAGCAUAAUGAAGUGUUGUUUGAAAAGUUUGCGGGUAAAGCCUGCGAUCAAUGUGCUUUUUGUUUCCAUCAUCCAAAGCCAGUGUCCUUUUUUUCCACCAAAGCCAAAGUCAUUGUCGGGGGUCAAACUUUUUUAUUUCUUAGAGGGAGCCGUAGGGUGAGAUGCCUAUUAUUGCCUAAAAGGCAUAUAAAGUAUUUUAUAUAUAAAUUAUACGU